GCGCCCGUUGCCCUCUCUCUGCCUGUCCUCAGUGCUCAGAGCCGCCGGUGUCCGGGUGCGGAGAGCUGUUGCUGUUGCCAUGGUGAACAUCGUGGGUCUCGUUCGUGAUCACUGGGUUAAUGUAUUUCUCCCCAUCGGCUUCGCGAUCGGUUGGUAUUUGGACAGAAGAAACAAUGAGAAAUUGUCCACGUUCCGAAAUAAAAGUAUGCUGUAUAAAAGGGAACUAAAGCCGAACGAGGAGGUGACUUGGAGAUGAAGAGCAGAAGAAAAAAAAAUCGGGAUUUAUCUAUUUUUAAAUCUUUCUGGAUAAAAGCCGUUGUACCCGCUUGUAUAAAAUGGUUUGCCUUCUGGGCAGUUUGUACUCAUCCCUAAAAAUAAACCGUAUUUAUGAGUACCCUU